AUGUCCACCAUCAAGGUAGACCCAGAUGUGGAGUUUUGCUCCAUUGCUCCCUUGGAGGAUGAUGAUCUUGCGAGCCCGCUGUCAAAGGAGUUCUUCACAGACCUGGGGGACAUCCAGGAUAUCUCUCAGAAUAUUGGGGAUGAUGGUUCCAACUCAUUCGGUGUGGCAGAGUACCAGUAUCUGGGAAAUAGCCCCGGCUCCAAUGGGUCCGUUAGCACAGACCAGACGGAUACCCUCUCACCAGCAUCCAGUCCAUCUUCUAUUUCCUUCCCAGCAGCACUGAGUGGCACAGAAGACCCAACCAAAUCGUUAAGCAUCGAAUGCCGGGUGUGUGGAGAUAAGGCAUCAGGAUUUCACUAUGGAGUGCAUGCCUGCGAGGGCUGCAAGGGCUUUUUCCGAAGAACAAUACGCCUCAAACUGGCUUAUGACAGGUGUGAGCGGCUCUGUAAAAUCCAGAAGAAAAAUCGGAACAAGUGCCAAUAUUGCCGAUUCGAAAAGUGCCUUAGUGUGGGAAUGUCUCAUAAUGCUAUUCGAUUUGGGAGAAUGCCUCGUUCAGAAAAAGCAAAACUGACAGCCGAAAUUUUGACCAGCGAGCAAGAUAUCAAGGACUCUCAAAUGGCCGACCUUCUGUCCCUGGCCAAACUCCUCUAUGACGCCUAUCAGAAAAACUUCAAUAUGAACAAAUUAAAAGCUCGGGCCAUUCUCACAGGGAAAGGCAGCAACCCACCAUUUGUGAUACAUGACAUGGAGACGUUGUGUAUGGCAGAGAAAACACUGGUAGCCAAACUAGUGGCCAACGGUAUUCAGAACAAAGAAGCCGAGGUACGCAUCUUCCACUGUUGUCAGUGCACUUCUGUGGAAACUGUCACAGAACUUACAGAGUUUGCCAAAUCCAUACCGGUUUUUACUGACUUGGACCUGAACGAUCAGGUGACUCUGUUAAAAUACGGAGUCUAUGAAGCCAUGUUUGCCAUGCUGGCUUCAGUGAUGAACAAAGAUGGGAUGUUGGUAGCUUAUGGAAAUGGUUUUAUUACCCGGGAGUUCUUGAAGAGUUUGAGGAAGCCAGUUGGUGACAUGAUGGAACCGAAGUUUGAGUUUGCCAUGAAGUUCAAUGCCCUGGAACUGGAUGACAGCGAUAUUGCAUUGUUUGUUGCUGCUCUUAUUUGUUGUGGAGACCGUCCUGGACUGCUGAAUGUCCCUAGCAUUGAGAAAAUGCAAGAAAACAUUGUCCAUGUACUGAAGCUUCACCUCCAAUCCAACCACCCAGACGACAGCUUCCUCUUCCCCAAACUCUUACAGAAAAUGGCCGACCUGAGGCAGCUUGUAACAGAACACGCCCUCCUCGUCCAGACCAUCAAAAAGACUGAAACUGAUGCCUCCCUUCACCCAUUACUGCAAGAAAUCUACAGGGACAUGUACUAA